CCCGGAAGCUUCAGGAUGGCCGCUCAUAAAUCUGGUAACGGCUCUAAAACAGAAUAACUUUGUCCAAGCAAAAGUUUCACUGUCAUUCCAAUUCUCAUUGUAAAGCUGUCUAUUGCCGUGGCUGCCGUCCCUUCAUUCAUUCAUUCUACAUGUACCUACCUUUUGUUCGCAAAAGUUUUCUUUCUUUCUCGAUUGUAUCUCUCGAUUGUAUAUCAUCUCGAAUCGCUUGACCAUGAUGGCGACACAGCAACCAACGACUCAUGCGGGUGCUCUUUGGGGUGGUCUCAAGGGCGCCGGCAAGAAAGCAUCGAUUGCCGGUCAAAAGGCGAAAUUGGGUGGCGAGAUGCUCUUGCUGGACCAGAAAAUCAAGAAUCGCAAACAGAAUUUUGGAAUUGGUCUGUACGAUCACUUGGCCAACAUUGCCGAUGGCGAUGCCAUGUUUAUCAUUGACAAUCCCGCGUUGGAGAAUAUUCGAGGACUGUUUGUGACGACCUACAAGGACAACAAGGCACUCCACCAAAAGGUCAAGGGCCACCAACUCAAAUUGGCGCAAGUGGCAGAAGAACGAAGGUGUGUCCAAUCGCGCCACGGCGGGAAGCUUUCCUUUGACGUUCCGGCCGAUACCGUGGGAGAGCGAAUCAUGAAUGCUCCCAAAUUGGCUCGUAUUGCCGGACAGGAAACCAAAGUCAAAACUGCCAAGGCUGUCGUGGAACGGGAAAUGACAGCCAACAAACAAAAUUUUGGUUUGGCAUUGUAUGCUCAUUUGGUAGAACUGGAACUCUGCGAUCACUGGGUGCCAGAGGAUAAGGAUGUCCGCUUCCACUACGAAGAAUGCAGAAGAGACAUUGCCAGAUUCGAAAUUAUCAAGGACGAAAAGGGGGAAGAUAUUGAUGUUUUGGGUAAUGAAAAUUAAUCAAUAGAUUGAGAUUGAGAUUCAAUGACAUUUUGUUUGGACAAAAGUGGAAGUACAUGUACGGCGAAUAAAACAGAUUUAUACAUUCAGUUUCAAGCAGGAGACCCUCUGGGUCAGCUUUAC